AUGGGGUGGAAUUUAGUGUUUCACGAAGAUUCCAGUUGCAUUUUAGUGGAUUAUUUUCCUUGUGGCUGAAUUGAAAUUAGGCUACAUCAAGAGGACUGUGAUAACUAGCAGACAUAAUAUAAUAAAUGUCUCAGAGGUCCUGUAAUAUUGUUACCCAAAAUCUAGCGUUGAUGCUGAAAUGUAGACAGUUUACUUUUUGCAAUUCUACUGGGAACACGGUGUUUUGUGUCUGUAGCUUUAAUGCUAAUGAGCUGUGUUUGACCAGCCUGACUCUGACAGAGUGUGACGAAAGCGCUAAAAAGCGACUGUGGGCUCUAUCCACUUUUUACAUUGUAUUUUGCACUUGUCUGACAUCAGAUACAGGAGUGGGGAGGCCACAAACGAUAGCAAAACUAGCAUACCUACUGUAUGUGAGCUAUACAUUGCUAACAUUACAGUCCCAUGUCUGUAGCUGACUGACAUAUACUUGCCAGCGCUCCAGGCUUUAUAUUAUGAUGUGUAGUGAAGGCUUUUUGAAAUAAAGUUGUAGUUACCUUCUCUUUAGACUUGUAUGACAAUUAAAAUGUUAUUUGAACAUUCCCUAAAAAAAAUUAUUAUUUCCUAUAAGAAAUAAAUCAGGGUGGCUACAACAACCAUUUGCUGAUAUUAUUUAUGACCUGAUCUGGUCUUCUGCUUUUUUGUGGUAGGCCGACGGUCUACCCUUGCACCCCGUGAUAUCAAAACACAUGUCCACUGCACAUAUGAGUUAAGAUUUGUGCUUAAAAAUGUAUACCAUUGUUGCUGAAUGUUUCAGGCUUUAAACCUGUGCAACUGAUUUUCAUAGACAGUCCAAAAAAAAUCAUCUGCAGGCUAGGUCGUGUUGUUAUUCAUAAUGCAUUGAGCUGCAGCUGGAGCCUGCACAGAAAUCCCUCAUACAGUAUCUCUUUUACUUGACUUGCACUCUCCACAAUGUAUUUUAUUUAGAGAGACAUGACUGCAAAGCGGGCCGCACGGUGGCCUAGUGGGUAGCAUGUCGCAUGUUCUCCCCGUGCGUGCGUGGGUUUUCUCCGGGUACUCUGGUUUCCUCCCACAUUCCAAAAACAUGCAUAUUAGGUGAAUUGGUGACUCUAAAUUGUCUAUAAGUAUGAAUGUGAGUGUGAAUGGUUGUUUGUUUGUAUGUGCCCUGCGAUUGGCCGGCGACCAGUCCAGAGUGUACACCGCCUCUCGCCCGAAGUCCGCUGGGAUAGGUUCCAGCAUACCCCCGCGAUCGUAAUGAGGAUAAGCGGCAUAGAAAAUGGAUGGAUGACUGCAAAGCCCCUAAAAAUGAUCACCUGUUAGUGGUCUUCUUCACAGAAUUCCAGACUAUGAAUGUCAGACAAGGUUUUAUUGUCCGCUAAUGGGUUUAGCAUGCUAGCGUCGGGUAUUUCUGUCCUACCCUGUAAAUAGAACUGAUAGGAUUAUAGGCCUCUUGUGUAAAGAUGCAACCUUCAGGACAGUCAGGACACCCUAUACCUAUUGUCACCAUACUGAACUCUUGUUCCAUGAACUGCUGCUGAAGGAGGAUAUUUACAGUUGGCCAAGAGUUUGUUCAUAGCACACAUAUAAAUAGAAGCAGUGUGUUUGUUUCCACGUACCUGGGCUAUUGGUGCCAUGCUAAACGGAGUCUGCACAUCCAGACUGACGAGAUCGCUGUUGUCCUCCUGACCGACACAAAUGGAUCUUAAAUGUGGACGUAGCGGCAACAAUCUUUAAGAUCCACAACAACACUAUGGGGGUUCCUAAUUCCAGGGAAUACAACUACUACCAUUCUCCAAAUCCACCUUUAAGGGUUUUGCUGAAAAGACGCAACGAGCCUCUCAAAAAGGAGCGUCCCAAGUGGAAGAGUGAGUACCCGAUGACCGAGGGCCAGCUCAGGAGUAAACGGGAUGAGUUUUGGGACACAGCCCCAGCCUUUGAUGGACGAAAGGAGAUCUGGGACGCACUCCGAGCAGCGGCCCUCGCUGCAGAGUGCAGUGACCUGGAGCUAGCGCAGGCCAUCGUGGACGGUGCCUGCAUCACUCUGCCUCACGGCUCUCUCACUGAGAGUUAUGAUGAGCUGGGCAACCGCUACCAGCUGCCAGCGUACACUUUAGCCCCUCCUGUCAACCUCAUCACCGAAACAUGCAACGAAAGCAAAGUUGGUGAAUCCACACAAAAACAAGCGCAGCCUCCUCCCUGCAGGCAAGAGUUCCAGCUGCGUGUGCGAUUGUCCACCGGUGAGGAUGUGCGUCUGACAGCCAGCAUGGCUGACUCCAUCGCUGAACUGAAGAAGCAGCUGGAGCAACAAGAGGACAUUGACGUCUCCCGCCAGAGGUGGUUCUUCUCAGGGAAACUCCUCACCGACAAAACACGUCUGCAGGAUGCCAAAAUCCAGAAAGACUUUGUUGUCCAAGUCAUUGUCAACGUGAACCCUCCAGUUAUAUCCAACUGAAACAAAGCAAAAGGGCCAGAAAGCGGUGAUAUUUAAAUGUAAGCAGGGCUUGACAUGUUUAUGCACUGGGAUUUUGUGUACAAUUUUAUAUAUAAGAUAAUUGCUUUUAUAUUGUUCCUUUUUGUAUUUGUUUUCCCUGUUUUUCCAAAGAAAUGAAGAAUAUAAAAAAAAAAACACUGAAACACUUUAGAAGAAGGGUAGAGUCGUGAGAUGCAAAUCCCUGUUUUUGUCCUACCACUUACACCUUCAUUGUUUACACCAAUAUACGUCUUUGUCUUGUGUGUUUUUCCUUUUGUUAAUGGCAAAUUAAACAUAUUUGCUUGGAGAUCCAAAUUCAGAAAAGCAAUCUUUUUUCUAAUGUAAUUUGAGAGGACGACUGGAAGUAACGUGUAACAUGUACAUCAUUGUGUUGUUUGGUCAUUCUAUUUUAAAUAAAGACACAGAAUACAAAAACAA